AAAAAAAAAGAAAAGAUAUAAACCAUGAAACAAAGCUCCGGCCUCCGCCCUUGGGGCAUGAAGCCUGCUCAUUCGCAUUCCUUCCCGCCCAUUUUUCUUCCCUCCUCUUUCGCGUGAUUCCACUUUCUGCCCCCUUCUUUGGCACCCAGCUACCUACCACCGCUGUCGGCUACCGUCGUAACCUGUCGUAGACCUCCAUUGUUUAAAGAUUUUUUUUUUUUUAACUCUCUUUUGGCCAUAAUUUGUUAACCCAAUAUAGCUUAGUGAAUAUAUUUCACUUGAGGUAGGGAUCAAAAAGACGAAAAGCCUGUCUUGAAAUUUAUCUGGGUUUAGAGGUAUGGACGUCGACAGUGAGGAGGAAGAUGGAGAAUUCGGAUUCUCAAGAAACUAUUUUCUGGCCAAGGAAUUGGGCUCCUCGAGCAAGAAAUCAACUCACAAGAUUUCCGACAUAGACGUUGUUGAUGAACAGGAAUUGAGGGCCGCAGCAGCCAAUAUUGAGCCCAAGCAUAAGAAGGAGAUUGCCACAUUAAUUGAUAGCUAUAAAAAUAUGCAUUCUGAAUGGGUUUUUGCCUUAAGGUGUGAUUUUUCUCUACUAAUGUAUGGCUUUGGGUCUAAGAAGGCUAUGCUUGAAGAUUUUGCUUCGACAGCAUUGGCUGAACAUUCUGUAGUUGUCAUCAAUGGUUAUCUUCCAGCCAUUAACUUAAAGCAGGUUGUGAUAGCAUUAGCUGAAGUAUUGUCAGAUCAAGUAAAAACUAAACAGAAAGUUUUCAGAAGUGAACAGCCAUUCAGUUCUCAAUCCAUCGAGGACCUUCUUGCAUUUUUGGAUGGGGCAGAAACAGAGGAAGAAGAUUGUUUUGUUUGUGUUGUCAUUCACAAUAUUGAUGGGCCCGGAUUAAGAGACUCUGAAACCCAACAAUAUGUUGCUCGACUAGCUGCUUGUUCCCAUAUUCGUAUAGUUGCCUCUAUUGACCAUUUAAAUGCUCCUCUUCUUUGGGACAAGAAUAUGGUUCACAGACAAUUUAAUUGGUGCUGGUAUCACGUCCCUACUUUUGUCCCAUACAAGGUUGAAGGCAUGCAUUAUCCAUUGAUUCUCGCUCAGAGUGGCGCCAAUCAAAGUGUCAAAACAGCUGCAAUAGUAUUACAAAGUUUGACACCCAAUGCCCAGAGUGUAUUUAAAGUUCUUGCGGAACAUCAACUCUCUCAUCCUGAUGAGGAAGGCAUGCCAAUCAAUGAUCUCUACUCAGUCUGUCGAGAACGAUUCCUUGUAAGCAGUCAGGUUACACUGAAUUCCCACUUGACGGAGUUUAAAGACCAUGAAUUGGUUAAGAUUAGGAGGCAUUCCGAUGGUCAAGAUUGCUUGUACAUUCCUCUAGCUGCUGAAGCACUCCAGAAGGUGUUGCUGGAGAUCAAUCAGUAGUGUAGACAUUGACUAGAAUGAUAAAAAAUGGUAUUAGAUCAACGUGUUCUCACAACUAAGUAUAGAUCAAGAACUCGUCCAGGACAAACAAUACUGUUUUCUGAUUCGCCAGCAAAUCUCUCGUAAAAGAAGUUGCUUGUUCAGUUUUAAUUUACAUUUUCCUACUGUUACCAUCGGAUCUAA